UUUCUCUGACAUUAUAGAGACUCCUAACACGCACUGUAGGUUACUUUUUUCUUUCCUCCCGGCGACGUCCUCUGCAAAGUUGCGCUCCUGGAUUUUAAGCGCGUCUUGGCGAAGUCCGUCCCCAUCAGGCAGCGGCUUCAACCUUCCUGUCAAUCGGCCGGACCAAGCAACCGGCGGACCGCUCGCUGUGUCUUUCACUUCACCCGGCGAAGAUUUCAUGCGAAGUAAAGUACGGAUGCUGGAAUCUUUGCAUUGAUUGGAACAAAUAGAAAGCAGAAAAAAAGACAGAUAAAGGAAGAGCACAAGAGUGAAGAGAAAGAAGAAGAGAAAGAAGAAGAAAGGAGGGAGAAGAAAGCAUAAAGUUCUGUAGAAAGAGGAAAGAAAGAAAGACACGGGGACGAUGGGGAGGAAAAAGAUUCAGAUCACGCGGAUUAUGGAUGAACGCAACAGACAGGUGACAUUUACAAAGCGAAAGUUUGGCCUGAUGAAGAAGGCUUAUGAGCUGAGUGUGCUGUGUGACUGUGAGAUUGCCCUGAUCAUCUUCAAUAGCACCAACAAGCUGUUCCAGUAUGCCAGCACAGACAUGGACAAGGUCCUGCUUAAAUACACCGAGUACAACGAGCCCCACGAGAGCAGGACAAACUCCGAUAUUGUGGAGACAUUGAGAAAGAAGGGCCUAAACGGCUGUGACAGCCCAGACCCCGACGCAGACGACUCGGUUGGCCACAGCCCCGAGUCCGAGGACAAGUACAGGAAAAUAAACGAGGACAUUGAUCUGAUGAUCAGCAGACAGAGAUUGUGUGCAUUGAGCAAGAAGGAGAACAAAGGCAGCGAGAGCCCGGAGCUCGAGUCUGCUCUCAUCCUCACCCCACGCACUGAGGAGAAAUACAAACAGAUUAACGAGGAGUUUGAUCACAUGAUUAAAACUCAUAAGAUUCCCCAGGCCGUGCCUCCAUCAAACUACGACAUGCCCGUGUCCAUUCCCGUUAGCAACCAGAACAAUCUCAUUUACAGCCACCCCGGUGGUUCCCUAGGCAACCACAACCUGUUGCCCCUGGCGCACCAUGGCCUACAGAGAAACAGCAUGUCUCCCGGAGUUACACACAGACCCCCCAGUGCAGGUAACACAGGUGGCCUCAUGGGUGCUGACCUCACCACUGGCGCAGGCACAAGUGCUGUAAAGUGCCUCUCCCUUGCUGUCGCUACCCUGCGUUGCCUUGGAGACCGAUGGUGUUACUAUAGCGACAGUGGGCCCACGGAAAGGGUGAACCAGAGAAUAAACAACUCUCAGUCUGCUCAGUCAUUGGCCACCCCAGUGGUAUCAGUAGCAACUCCCACUCUACCGGGACAAGGCAUGGGCGGUUACCCAUCUGCCAUCUCUACUUCUUAUGGUACCGAGUAUUCCUUGAAUAGUGCAGAUCUGUCCUCCUUGUCUGGCUUCAACAGUGGCAGCUCCCUUCACCUUGGCUCAAUGAGUGGGUGGCAACAGCAGCACCUUCAGAACAUGCAGCAUUCAGCCCUUGGCCAGCUAGGAAAUUGCUCUAGCUCUCACUUAUGUCAGGGUUCAAAUCUCUCCCUGCCCUCUGCUCAAAGCCUGCACAUCAAGUCCGAACCUGUUUCUCCUCCUAGAGAUCGCACCAGCAGCACACCAGGGGUCUACGGUGGCGGGGUACCACCUCCCCAGAACCCCUCGUCCCGCCAGGACUCGGGACGCUCCCCCGUUGAUAGCCUGAGCAGCUGUAGCAGCUCCCAUGAGGGCAGCGACCGUGAUGAGCACAGGAAUGAGUUCCACUCGCCUCUGGGACUGGCCCGGCCCGCCCUGGAUGAACGCGAGAGCCCCUCCAUCAAACGGGUGCGCCUGUCAGAGGGAUGGGCGACAUGAUAGCUCUGUCCUCUCCCCCGCAGUGCCCCGAGUUGCCCUGAGCCCCCGACAACGCAGUGUUACGAUGCCCCCCAAGUCAGCUUCCUCCUCUUCCUCCUCUCACUCGAUAUCACGAGUCACUCACCACCCAACCCCAAGGCCUCUUUCCUUUUAUCUCUUUAACGCUGAAGGAAAGAAAAGGGACAACCCUUUUCAAAAAUCAGUUUGUAAUUUCUUUUCCUUUUUUAUUUUAUUUUCCUUUUUCUUUUUGCUGAGUGUGUGUUUGCUAUACAUAUUGACAUUAUAUAAACCAGUGGGGUGUUGUAAUGGGGGUUUGGGAGGGUGGGUGUUGAUUGGGAUCGGUUCUGGGGGUAUUUUUGUUGGGGAACUAUGCAUAAAUUGUAUUGUGUGUGGAUAAAAAGAAUCACGUAUGCAUAUAUCUUUACACGUGUGUGUAUGUGUACAUAUAUGCAUAUCAACAAAUAAACAAAAAAAAUAGUCAGGUACUCUGUUUCAUAAAACGUACUUACAAUUUGCCUCAGCGAUAUAUUAGUGACUAGAUACAAAAAAAAGAAAAAAAAAAACUUUAUCAUGAGCGUGAGUGUGUCCAGUGGAAAACACCUUAGCACUUGAGUUGGACAAACAGUACAUGUGUACAGUGUCAGUUUCAUUGCUAUAUACCUUCUCUGCAGUUCUCCCUUGCAAAAAUGUGUGUUAACAUUAGAUGAUGUCAUGUUGCAGGUUCAACGUAUUUAUGUAAAUAGUGGGUCAAGGGGGGAAGGGCAGGGGUCAAAAGUUGCCAGACGUUACAAGAUUUAUUUACUCACUAAAUGAAAAGCUAUAUGCAACAUUUGAAGGAUUGUACAGGUAAACAGGCAAAUCUGAUGCUAGAUGUGUGGAACCUUUGAUGAUUUUAGCGCUCCCCUUAAAGAACGGAGCUGAGUGAGGACCACCCUUUGAUCUAAGAGCUACGUUAGUGUAAUCAAGAAAACUCUGGAUCUAGUAUUAACUAUUCAGUAUUAAUAAACAAAAAAGGAAAAAUAAAAAAUAACUGUACGAUACACUUGCUUAUAUUUUCAUAUGAAAGGAAUACAAUGCAAAGCAUUUUUGUGGCUUUUUGUAGUUUCUAUAAGCCAGAAUGUGUUUUUUGAUAGCUUUGCUAAUAAGAGAUGGAUAGUUCACCCAGAGGGGAAAUGACAGGGCUUCGAAGCCCUAAGCCAUGAAAAACAGAGUGAGAUUCAAUGCUUUGCUGAACUGUUUUAUCUUUGUAGAGGUUUGUUUUUAAACGUGUAUUUCUAAUUAUAUAUAAUAAUGGUAAUAUUAAGAAUCUUUUAAAAAAAAUCUGUGAAAUUAACAUGCUUGUGUAUAGCUUUCUAAUAUAUAAAUAUAUAUAAUAAUGAUUUUCGUUGGUUUCUUAGUGGAGUUUCUAUGUGCAGUUGCACAUGUUGUCUGGUUUGUUUAAUUUGAGCCCUGAACAGUGCUGUUCGGGGGUGUAUUUAGUCUAACCUUGAAAACCAGCUGGAAAGCAUUGCCAGAGUUUGUGUGACGGAGGAAAGACAGGCCCGAAUGCUGAAAAACAACCUGUUAGUGGAAAAUGUCACAAGACUGGAACUGGGGAAGACGGAAAUAAACGCUGACACAUGAUGUACCUGAUUGUCACACUGAUGAGGAAAUAUGCCUGACCCUCAGUCCAUGUCUAUGCAUUUUUAUGCAUCCGAUAUUUCAUUCUUAACCUUAAUUAUCUAAUUUAAUAGUAGUUAAUCUCAUAAAACAUGUUUUCUGACAAUACUGAUUUUCUGUUCCACCUCAAAUCUUCACCGCAGUCAGGGCUUGUGUUCAGGAUGCUGCGAAAGUCCAGACUCAAUCUGUACAAUUUUUCUUUUGAAUCAUAUUUAUGUAAUAUAAUUUUGCAAAUGAGUUGUGAUUAAUUAUCCCAGAUCAUUUCCAAACCUUAUUUGAUUUGGUGUCCUCCUGUGACUCCUCACGUUUCCACUCUUCAAAACAGGGUUCCACAUCAUGUACCACAUGUCACUGACAGUUCAGUGUCAGAUACGCAAGGACAAAUAGAUCAUGCUGGUAUGGGAGAAGCACAAUUGUUUAUUUUAGAUAAGUAGCUGUUUUGAUUUUCUCUUUUUUUAAACAAUGAAACUAGCCACAUAUCUCUCUGCCUCCCACUCCCGUAUCUGCUGUCACUUAAGUGUUAUGAUAUUUCUAUGUGCAUAUUUCAUGCAGGUUCACUUUGUUGUUACUGUAUACAGUCUGUGUAGUCAAACAGGGGCAGAGCCUCUAAAACGGUGUUCUUCUCUUUUUUUUUUUAAUUCAAUACAAAAUGGUUGAGAAAAAAAUACAUGAUGUUUCAGGCAGCAUAAGUGUGGAAAAACCAAAGCCAAUGGCAUUUCUGUGUUGUAAAACUCAACUUUUAUUUUCACAUUCAUUUAUGGUUUUUGCAAGCAUUGAAACAACACAAUAAAAGAAUUUGCUCAAAUGUACAAUUGGUUUCACAUUUCAAUUUCAGUCAAAUGUAGCUUUAGCUAUCAAGCUGCACUGUCUAUACCAACCACAGUAAUUUACCUAUUUUAAUUCUCAUUUGUCUCCCUGUGCAUUGCAUUGAAAAGGUUAUACACAGAAACUUAUUUUGUAUGUACAAUUUGUUUCAUUUAGAACCAACAGAAUCAUUCAGGCCUGAUUAUGCGAAAAGCAUGAUUGUUGUCCACUUGAUCAAAGCCCAUUACACACUUAUUAUCAUUGCAACUUGCUCACUGAUUGAAAUUAUGCCAACAUGUCCUGAUGGUUAAUUAGAGUGCUGUAGUUUUGAAAAUAAUUCUAACCAAAGACAUGGUGAAAACUUGUCAUUAUAUCUUUGUUUUGUUUUUGUUUUUUUUUUUUUUUGUGUUUGUUAAAUUGAAAGCCAUUCUUUUUCAUCAUCUGUUGAUCAGUUGUUCUUUGUCAUUAUUAUAAUAGACUAAAUGUUGGUACCUCAAAUUGACCCAAGCAGUACCUCAGCUGAUGUUUUGAUAAGUCACUUGCAGUGCAAAGGGGAGACCAUACACCUGUACAGCCAUGUGUAGUAACAUACCAUUGCUUAAGGUCCCAGUAUUCACAUGGGAUUCUUUGUUGCUCCACCGUGUUUGUGGUUUAUUUAAGUUGUAUUCAAAAGCUGAAAAGGAAUUAAAAAAAAAAAAAAAGAAUAAUAUGUUAAAAUGCUUAAAAAGUCAGUCUGUAGUAUCAAUGUAGCUUGUAUAAACCUGAAAAUGGGGGAGGUUUGGAACUAAUGUUUUCUGGAACGCAAGAGCGGCUUUCAGCGGCAAAAGCUGGCCUUUGUCGCCACUUAAGACUAAAAUGGUAUUAAAUUAAAUCCACAUCUCUGUAACUCAAGGGACUUGAUUCAGCUGUAUGUAGUCAAAACGUAUGGGGAUGAAAUAAAAGUCUCCUCUGCUGGAGGGAAAGGCUAUUUGUAUUUUGCAGAGAUUUCAGUAAAG